AUGCACAAGACAUACGAGAUCCUACAUGAGUAUAAAAGUGCGGCGAGCAGCAGGGCGGCGAGCGCGGCGGCGGCGGAGGCGGGGGCGGGCGGGCGCGCGGCGGCGGCGCGCGCGAUGUUGCGGCGGUGGCGGUCCACCACGAAGAUGCGCCCGCCCAUGUCUGCGGCGGCGGACACGACACAACAAUUUUGUAAGGCAUCU